ACGAAAACGUCCAAAGAAAUAUCAAAUUGCAAUGAUGCACACGACAUACGUAACACGUCUGAACCUGAAUGUGACUCUGCCUUGAUACGACUGCUCUGCCACUCGGCAUAGGCAUUUAAUUGCGAAUUGACCAAUGAGGGCUCCUGUUUUACGUCGAGACGGCGGCGUUAGCGUGAAAAUCACCCGAACCUUUUGUUUACAUCCGGUCUAUCUCUUAUCUGAAUAUACUGUAGUUUAUUUUUCCAGCCUGCAGUUGCUGCAAGCAACUCGCCUAACGCUGCAGCGUUGCUGAUGUUCUCAGGAGCGCUCUACUACGUGUACAACCAACUGAAAAAUGGAACUUUAGUCAGAAUCGGUCAAGGUCAUCCGAAAAAUUCUCAGAUGUCUUCACGGCAUGCGAUACAGCACCGUCGUCAGAAUAGCAAAUCUUGGUUCUUGAGGAACGCUUGGGGCAAACGGAAAAACUACACAAACGCCAUCUGCAAACUGGCGAAGCAAUCGUACGAUUCGCUGACGAACUUGAAUCCCUGCCUGUUGCUACCCAACAAGAGUUUCCAGAUCAGUUUUCUCAAAGAGGAAACUAUUCCUGUCGACAGGGAGUCGAAACCGACGAAUGACAAAAGAUGCAAUGUCCUCUACAGUAAUCAAACUUUCGGCAAAGAUUCAAAACAGACUCUAACCGAGACGGCGAGCAAUCGUAGCGUUUCGACAGGACCAGAAAACAGUGCAUUUGAAGUGAAACGAAGCAUUCGAAGGAAUUCCUUGAAGCGAUUGUCGAAAGAAGCAGAUUCGAAACCGACCAAACGUUCGGUGAUGCUCACAUUGGAAAGACGAAAAACGAGGAGCGGGAAAGUCUACAACCCGUUCACUUGACUCGGUGUGGGGGGUAUUGGCAUGUCAAUACGUAUCCGGUGGUGUAUUUAAAUAAAUCUGUAUCAAAUAACAAAAUAAGUCUAUUCAUGUUUAAAUAAAUAGUGUAGAUGAAAUUAUACGCACGAAAAUGAA